UGGAUCUCUGCGCAUGCGCCGAACCUCGUCCUGCUCUUCCUCAAACACCGAAACACUUCGUCCCUCGAACCUUCGCGUGUUUCCACCUGACGCCUCUUCGUCAAAUGAGGGUUCGUCAGGUGUCCUCGUGGGUCUCGGUCUCGGUCUGUUGGCUCGUCUCUUCUCUCUGUUGUCUCCGUGUUCGCUCGGAUGCGACUCGGGACGCGUUGAAUUCCUCCGCGGUGGAUUUCGACUCGUUCAGAAAACACUUUCAGCGCCAGAGCGACGUCACCAGCGACGAGUUUAACCGACGUCGCGUGUUUUUCCAGGAAGCUACAAAGCGACAUGCGUACCUGAACUCGUUUUCCACCGCACCUCAGUCUGCAAAGUAUGGCAUCAACCAGUUCUCUGACCUCUCGCAGGAGGAAUUCAGAGAUCUCUACCUGCGAGCGAGUGCCGACAGAGCCCCACACUUCUCUGGACUGAAGACAGAGGGGCUCCCUGCCAAGUUGGACUGGAGGGACAAAGCAGCAGUGGCCCCGGUCCAGAACCAGCAAGCAUGUGGGAGUUGUUGGGCUUUCAGCGUGGUGGGAGCCAUGCAGUCUGCCCACGCCAUUGAAGGCUCACAGCUGGAGCAGCUCAGCGUACAACAGGUUCUGGACUGCUCCUUCAAAAAUGAGGGAUGCAACGGAGGCUCCCCGCUCAGGGCUCUGAACUGGUUAAAACAGACCCGGGUGAAACUGGUGCCUCAGUCCAAGUAUCCCUACAAAGCCAAGAUGGGAAUCUGCCAUUUUUUCUCCCAGUCACAUGACGGCGUUGCUGUGAAGAACUUUACUGCACAUGACUUUGGUGGUCAGGAGGAGGCCAUGAAGGGUCAGCUGCUGGAGCACGGUCCCCUGGCGGCCGUCGUGGACGCUGUCAGCUGGCAGGAUUACCAGGGAGGAAUCAUCCAGCACCACUGCUCCAGCCAAUGGUCUAACCAUGCCGUUCUGGUGGUUGGAUACGACACGACUGGGGAUAUUCCAUACUGGAUCGUGCAGAACUCCUGGGGACCCACAUGGGGGAAGGAGGGUUAUGUUUAUAUAAAAAUCGGUGACAACGUCUGCGGUAUUGCAGAUUCGGUGGCAGCUGUUUUUCUUUAACAACAUUAUGUAUAUUUUUUGUCUGUGUUGUUAUACGUGUCUUGUGUGUGUGUGUGUGUGUGUGUGUGUGUGUGUGUGUGUGUGUGUGUGUGUGUGUGUGUGUGUGUGUGUGUGUGUGUGUGUGUGUGUGUGUGUGUGUGUGUGUGUGUGUGUGUGUGUGUGUGUGUCCACAUCUCCACUCGUGCCAAAAAACGAAAUCAGUCAUCUGCCUUCAAAAUGUCAUUUUAAAUAAUGUUUCUCUUUAUUGAAAUGUCACCAUCUUGCAUCGGUAAAACAAAAUAAAUCACUUCAUACGUUGAUAAA